AUGGAGAAAGUAGCGGAGCCGUCUUGGACUUCUUCGUACACCUUUCAGGUGAGCAAGCACAGUGCGGAGAUGCUACACAACCUCAACGUUCAGAGGAAAGAUGGAGGCAGGUUCUGCGAUGUGGUCUUGCGCGUUGGCGAGGAGAUCUUCCCCGCUCACAAAGCGGUGCUGGCGGCGUGCAGUGAGUAUUUCGAGACGGUGUUCAGCCGUCCAACGGAGGGCGACGGAGACGCCAAGGAGCUGGAGAUGCACACAAUCAGUCCGAAAGUUUUUAAAGACAUACUGGACUUUGCCUACACGUCCAGAAUCGUGGUUCGACUGGAGUGCUUCCCGGAGUUGAUGACAGCUGCCAAGUUUCUGCUGAUGCGGUCAGUCAUCGAAAUAUGUCAGGAGGUUAUCAAGCAGUCCAACAUCCAGAUCCUGGUCCCGACCGCCCGGGGCGCAGACGCCAGCCUCUUCCAGGCCACGGCGUCCGCGGAGCUGGGCUUCCCCGCGGCUCAACAGGAUCUGGUGAACGGAACGGGCAUGCUGUUGAAUGGUCAAGCGUUUGCUAACAAUACACAAAUGGGAGCAGAUGGGAGCGCGGACCCAGCUGCCGUGCUGUUGGGGGACUGCGGCGGGUCGUCGGUGCCCGUAUUGGAGCCCGUCGAAGGACUCCCCGUUUCGCCUCCGACGGAAAUAACGGGGAACACGUUUAAUCACGACACCGGCGGCUCUCCCGCGUCGAAGAGGCCGCGGGGGAGACCAAAGAAAGCUGGCGGAGCGGUGAGUGCCGUCCACUUUAACCACGGCAGCCAGAAAGACAACGGACUGUUUCCUUGCGGGACCUGCGGGAAAGCCUUCACGGAGGCUUCGCGCCUGAAGAACCACGAAGCCCAGCACGGAGCCUCGGCCGGCGGCGUGCAGAGCCUCGCCGACAGCCUGUCCGCCGCGGGCGGGUUGUCCCUGCUGUCGCAGCCCAUUCUGCUGGAGAACGGCCUGCAGCUGCCCGGGGGGCUCCUGCUGGACAACGGACGCAGGCGGGAGCGGACCAGGCGGCAUGUGGGCUGCGACAUUUGCGGGAAAGUUUUCCGCGACGUGUACCACCUGAACCGGCACAAGCUCUCCCAUUCCGGGGAGAAGCCGUACGCGUGCCCCGUGUGCGGGCUCCGGUUCAAACGCAAGGACAGGAUGUCGUACCAUGUGCGGUCCCACGACGGUUCGGUGGGCAAACCGUACGUGUGCCAAAGCUGUGGAAAAGGGUUCUCAAGACCAGACCACCUGAAUGGACAUAUCAAACAAGUGCACACAACAGAGAGACCCCACAAGUGCCAGAUUUGUAAUGCCUCCUUCGCUACAAGAGAUCGCCUUCGGUCCCAUCUGGCAUGCCACGAGGACAAAAUUCCCUGCAAAGUUUGCGGUAAAUUUUUGCGAGCCGCAUACAUGACGGACCACCUAAAGAAACACAGCGAAGGGACUCACAACUACUGUGGCAUUUGCAACAAAGGUUUCUCCACUGCCUCCUACCUUAAGGUGCAUAUAAAGACACACCACGGCUCUCCUUUCCCCCCGUCCUCCUCAGUUCACACCUUCCCUGAGCCACGGGGGGAACUGCAGAUGCACAACGGCACCCCUUACCACAUGGGACGCCAGUGCUCAGUGGAAGGCAAGCAGCCGCCCGCCCCAUUCCAAACGCUCACGUUUCUGGCCGUCAUUUGCUCUGCUGCUACCUGUGCGCCAGUCGCCAGCUGCUUCUCACCUCCUCUGAGGCAGAGGGUCGCUGUCACGGUCUGUCGGGACACCCAGUUCUUCCCCAGCCCGGCCAGUCAGUCCUCUGCCUGCAGCCUGAGCUGCUCAUGGGGAAGCCAGGUGGGGCUCCGUAUUUCUGGGAAUGUCGCUCUGGCGGAGCUCCUGGCUUCCCCGCCCUCGGGCCUGUGGCAGGUCAGUACGGUCCAGCAGGAGGACGGUCAAGAAAACGAUGGCAAAUGUCCCCAUCUGGAGUCAGAGGAAUCGGACGCUUCGUUCAGGGAACUGUCCAAUGGCGACGAGCUUAAGUCUCCACACAAAUCGGAAGAACAGGAGCUUGACCUGCCAUCCUUAGCUUGCAACGGGGCGUCCGACGGGACUUUGGCGUCUCCAGAGGGCUCCAAAGCCAAAACAGACCCCGAGAAGAAGUUUACUUGCGGGAUCUGUGGUCAGGCCUUCCGCACCAAGUCCUACCUCAACAAGCACCAGCACAGAGUUCACAAAGCUCCGCGGGCCCAUGCGGCCCCGGCUUCUGGUUUAAGUGACAUGACUCCCUCCCUGACUUCCCCCUUCUCACCGCAGCAAAACAUGUCUCUUCUUGAGUCCUUUGGUUUUCAGAUAGUCCAGUCCGCUUUUGCCUCCUCACUGGUGGAAGCUGAGGCGGGUCAAAGUGGAAUAGACUUUGGAGGGAAGUGA